UCCGGGAGCAGAGGCGGGUAAAAAUGUAAACACCGACCCAUCCUGCCGGAAACUUUUUGUUUGGUAGCUAGCUGAACUUCACUGUGUUGCUUCUCUAAAAUAACAGUGUCACUGUAGAGCUGCUUCGGUUUGGCUGCCUUUUACUCGUUAAUGCCUUUUGAGCUCAGCAGUUUAAACGCGAAGCAAACAACAGACCUUAUGCUAGCUAAGUUAGCUAGCUGUUGUUACAUUCAGCUGCUGACUUUAACUUACUGAUGUUAGUUCGCCGUUAAACUAUCCUACCGUGUCCCGAUGCGGCGUGAUGGAGGACUACGACAAGUUUGUACAGCGUCGUCUUUCCCAGCUGAGGAAAAAUGAAGAGGAAGAGGAAAAAGACCGCAGUCCUUCAUCUGCAUCCUCUCUCAUCCGCUUCUAUGGACGACCCAUCCUUCCUCCACUGCUCUCAGGCCACCAGAGAGACGAGAUGCAGCAACACAGAGAUGAAGCACAGAAAGCUGCCGUCCAAAGAAAGUUAAAAGAUGAUCCGAGAAUGGCCUACGUGCAAACUAUUUUGCACAGCGUCCAGCUGAGGACGACACCAACACUAGAGGAGUUGCUUCAAGAGUCAGAGAAUAACACACAACCGUCAUUAUCCUACAACACCAGCAGUGGAUCAGUGUCUCAGAGUAAUUCUUUUGCUGGAACAAAGGAUAGUCUUUCGCCACCAACUUUAACGAAAGCAAAAGAUGGUGAUUCUCUCCCUCCGCUGACAUCAACGACGUAUAGUGCCUUUUUCGCUUCAAAUGUGACACCUCAGCAAAGUUACCAUGAUGGAUGCCUUAUUGACCAACUUGACAGCCAACAAGGAUCGCAGCCAAGUUCCUUUAAUGGAGCAAGCCACCACUCACUGUCCUCAGGUUACGUGACCUAUGAGAAUGUAGGAAAUAACACAACUGUCUCUGGAAGGAUUGACACCUCGGAGGGAGUUUAUGACACAGGUGGAUUUUUCCUUCACAACACCUCAAAUACAAUCGCUAAAAUGCCAGAUAUUAUCAGCCACCCUCCCAUUGAUGGAGAGGAACUAGAGAGGAGUGGACUGGAGUCAUCCUUUUGUCAUAACUUAGUAGAAGUAAGAGACAUUAGUUGCACCUCAUUUCAGGAGGAUUUGGUCACUUAUGACCAUUUAUCGACAGAAAAACCUGAAAGUAGUCACCUGGACAGUGUAGAGCAUGAAGAUAACAUUCCCUUUACUGCAAUACUUGACUCUGACAAAGAUGAAAGUGUGGACAGAAAUGAGGAAUCAGUCCCUUUGUUAGAAAACAGUGGCUUUUCAGACAAUCCAUUACAGACAUUAAGCACUCAUCACUGUCUAACAGCAGAACUGCUUACUCAGCACGAUUCCAGUGAAGCCGAACCAGUAGACACCCAGGUAGACGAAGCAGACUCACAGCCACCCGAGGAGCCUUAUCGUCUGAGCCUCCAGGCCUUGCUGAAGAAAUCUCAGGAGUAUCGACGGCGCCAGCGGAUGCUUAGGAACCAAGCCAAAAACACUAAAAUCCAGGAGAGAACCCAAGAACAGCCAAGAGCAAGGGCGGAGGAGCAGAGCCUCUCUGAUAAGGAGAAUGACGAGUUCCCUUACAAGGGCACUGUGACCGCAGAGGGGAAGAAAACUAAAGAGAGGAAAGGCACUUUUAUUCAAUCUGUGGAAACAUCACCAAAGAAAUCCUGGGAGAGUGACAUGAUUGAGAAUGAGUUCACUGGAAAAAAGACGAAUGUUAAAUCUGAAAGCGUACAUUUACCAGGAGAUGGAAACACUAAGGGACUGACUAGUGUUGAAGAAGAAACAACCCUCAAAAAUAAUAAGCUGAACAGUUCACAGGAGGUCAUAACGAAGCCUAAACCUAUCAGCGCCUUUACCCAGCAACAGCCAACGUCAACAUGGACCUCCCCUCUUCAAGAUGCCUUUCAUGUGACCACCUGUCCUACAGCUUUUUAUAAAGGAGUAGAGAAAUAUCACACUGUCCCAGCACCUACCUUUUGUAGGAGUCCUGUUCACUGUAAAAGUAAAGGUAGUCUCAAAGAUGGACAAGCUGUUGAUGGGGCGGAGACCUCAGAGGGGAAAUUUGUGUUCAGCACCAGCUUCAAUCAAAACCAGAAGGUUGAAGAAGCUAACCUUGGACGUCAAAACAGUCACACAGCAGUUCUUUCCACUGUUGAAGGGGACGUAACCAGCGUUUUAGCUAAAAGUUCACAGCACAUAGAUCUGCUUGAGUCCAACCUGUCCAGUCUAAAGGUCCUGAUCUCAGAUCUGGAGUCGACAAUGAAAGAAAACUUGGACAAUCACAGCCAGACUGAGAGCAACACACCAAGCGUGUUAAGUUUUAAAGGCAUCAACCUCUCUGAGCAAAUUAAACAUUAUCAACAUAAGCAGCUUGGUCAAAAUGAUGGUGACUAUUGGGAGGACAGGCAGAGGGAUGAGGAUGAUGAUGAGAUAAUGGGUGGAGAGUUGCAGAGAAGACAGUCAUUCAGCAACUGCAAAAACAUGCAUGAAGAUUCAAAUUCAGGACCUGAGCCAAGUGCGAGUGACACAGAUGAUGCUCCUAUCACAGUCCAAGAGAAAGGAGCUGAGACAGUUAAUGUUGGUGAGCUCAGACUGAUCAAGACCACAGCUAGAGAGAGAGAAAAGAGAAGCAGGGAAGGUAAAGGCGGACUAACAAAAAGUUACGCGCAACAUGGCGGCUGUAGAAAGCAGCAGCCACCUGCAAAGUGCAUCUUCUCUGUAGCACAGCGGAUGCGCAUCCCUGAUGUGUUCAGAAAUGUUCCACCUGAAACCACGGAUCCAUGUGAGGCCUUGGUGCUCUCAGAUGCCAGUAACCAUCUUGUGGAAAGGAGGAAUGAGAUGACAGUUGAAGGUCACAACUCCAUCCACUCGCCAUCUCUCAAUCAGUCGUACGAUGUGGACAGACCAUCUGGCCUGUGGUUUCUCGAAGGGUCGGGGUCUGCCUCGGGCUCACAAGGUCGUCUUGUCCAGGAGAAACACCUGACUCCAGAGAGUGAAGGUGAAGGUCAGGGAGGGGUGUCCAAGGUCAAACGGAGGCUGCUCAUGCACAUGACAGAGGAGGUCCAGGGAAGGAGUGCAGAUACCAGCGGAGGACCAGGCUCUGUGGUCAGACCCAACUCCAGCACUCCUAGAGCUGCUGUUUGUUUCAACGAAGGCCUUGGCAGUCAGAUGGACAAGCAAGAACAGCUAAAGAAGGUCCAUGCUGCUCAGGUCAGAGCUCUGCAAGAGGAGCACAGGAAGCAGCAGGAAGAACUACUACAGGCGUUGGCAGUACGUUACCGUCUCCUCCAGAGCGUGUCCUUCCCUUGCUCCAUGUCAAGCUCACGUCUUGGGGACACGUCGACCUUUCUCUCUCAGCCCUCCAGCCCACUUUCGGGGCGCUACCGCCCUCUGCUGUCUGCGGCCGUGAAGGGUUUCCUAACUCGCCGGCUGCUGAAGACGGUGAGAGUGGCGCAGCUGGUGCGCACCAUCAGGGACACACAACAGUUUCUGCAGGCCUUCCAACAGCAGAGCCCUGGCAGGGGGGAGCUCUGUAGCAGACAGGACCUCUUAUUGCAGGAGAGAGUCACUCUGCAGCUGCGCGCUGCACGUUAUGAGGUCUACGACAUAUUCUUCAGCCUGUCAGCCAUAGAGCGGAUGCAGCUGAUCAGCUGGGACAGAGAGCUGGCCAGAGAGCGAGAGCUCAGACGACAGCGUGGACACACUGGCCAACCCAGAGGAAAGAGCUGUCUGUCAGCUGCAACACAGAAAUCACUUGAGAGGAAGAGUGGCAUGAUAAUCCAGAAAAAGGCUGCAGAAAGGCGCAGGGGGGCUGAGACGAGGACCGGACAGAAGUCUGGAGUCUCUCCCGAACAGCCGCUGGAAACCAAACGAGGACAGUUCAGAGCAAAUCCUCAGAGGGUCCCCAAGAGCACUUUCUCCUCCAGACCCCGAUGACACUUCCCUAAUUGGUCCCAGUGAGGACGCCUAACAAGGCCUCCAGCGAUCACAUGAAUAGUGUAUAACUAAUCCUGAGAGCUUCCAAAUCCAAAAUCCAAAUUUGACACAAAUUGAUGCCUGUUGCUGACUAAUAUAUUACUGUUUUUCAUAUCUGGCAUACUGGGGAUUUUCUUAUACACUCUCAAAGGGUAUAAUAUUAGAAUGACUAGAGCUCACUGUGCGGAUACAGCUCAGCUACAGUCAGUAAUUACACAUCUGCUCUGCCAGUAACACUAAUUCCUUACCUGGUCUCCUGCUUGUAUUUUUCACCAUCAGCAGUGUACUCAAAUAGAAGAUGUUUACAGGAAAAUGUUGAGUUGAUGGAAAAAACAUCAUCUUUUGGCAGCAUUUUAACCCACUGAACCCCAAGCUGCUAGGUGUUUUUUGCUUCGCAUUUUUACUCUUUGUGGCCUCAUUUUUUUUACUGCAAUAUAAAGCCUUACACCUCUAUGAAAACAGCACAACCAUGAGAGAAAUAAUACAUGUCCUUUAUGCAGACUAACAAAGUCAUGAUGCCAUAAAUGAUUUUUUUUAAAAAGAAGAGAAAAGGUUGAUUUUCUUAGAUUAUUUAUUUUACAAAAAAGUGAAACAACCUAUAAUCAACAAGUCUACAAAUGCUCACAGGUGUUACCUGCAAUAGAAAACAACUGUGACUCUACAUUCUAUAGAUAUUUUACUACUUACAUUUUAAAUUUGUUUUCAUGCUUCUCUCCGCUCUGCUUUAUAUAAGCACUGCUUACAGUUCAGCCCAGUUAAACCGUAAAGUCCCUUCAUUUUUGUCACACUUCUGUUGGUGACAUAUGAGUCACUUAUAGCUCACUGGUUAUGCUAAGGAGCACAGAAAAUGUGUUUUUUAUUAUUAUUAUUGGCAAAUUUUUAAAUAAAAACUGUAAAGUGAUUUUGAUGAAAUGCUACAGUUUUAGGUAAAAAACAUUGUGAUAUUUUUAUAAGAUCACACGCCUUUUAAGCACACAGAGGUUUUGGGGUUCAGAGGGUUAAAGCUUUGUUUUCUGCACAUGAAAGGUGUGUGGGCUUACAAGAACAUUUUGACAUGUCAUAGCAGGAAGCGCUCAGUUCCUUUUUGGGUAUUCAAGUGAGCCAGAAGCGCCCUUCCUAAAGUAGAUGGUAAACAUGACAAAAAAAUAUGCGUGCAACACAACAAAAAUUGUGUUUUUUUUUGCUCAGACUUGGCUCUGACUUUUUCAGCAGAUAUUUGUAUUUAAGAAAAAUCCCUCUGAGCUGAUUGUUCACAGCCAGGUCUGUAUGUGGACAUUGCUUUGUUUUUAAGAAGGAACCUAAAUAGAAAUGCUAGACCUUUUUGACAGGAGACAUUUGGAUUUAGCCACAGCAGGAAAAGCACAGCUGUAAUUUGCAACAUUAAAAACAGCUGCAUGCCUUUUAGCUUCCAUCCUUUGCAGUCUAGUUCACUGUUGUGGCUCAGUGUGACACUUGCCCGCAAUGGCAAGUCAAAAUGUGAAUCUGUAUGAGGAACACAUAACAAUGCCUGUAGUAAUUAUUAUUAGUCAUUAGUAUACCUGUGCUUAAACUACUGAGGCAUGCAAAAUGUCUGCUGUGAAGUAGAGUGAGCAGUUAUUUUAGUUUUUUCAGUACAUUCAAGUGUUUUUCCCACUGUCUAGUGUUAAACCUCUGCUCUCGAGGCUGAACUCAGUGCCUGAAUUACCCAGUUCCUUCACGUUUAUGUGCCUGUCAUCAAAAACAGACUCUCCAGCUGUAUUAGCACACAUUAAGCCCCUUUAGUGUGACAUUAACAGUGUUUUUGUCCUCACGCAACUGUUAAAAUCCAGCUCCAGAUUUUGGUGUGGAGGCGAAUACUUGAACAGUGUGAUCCCUUAGUGUUGCCUGAAAUAUUUGUAGCAGGAUUACAUAUCAGCCAAAACAAGUGUAAACAUUUGUAUUUUUUUUAUUAUUAUUAUUGUUGGAUAUUUUGUAUUUUAUUUAUUUGUAUGUGGUUGAUAAUAAAUGUUUCUUGACGCUGAA